CGACGGCAUUACCCAGAAUUCCGUUCUCUGUUUCCAUAACAACCUCCUUUGACAACAGUAAACUAAUGUUCAUUCCUACUGACCAAAUCCCGGUUUGCAUUUGUGCCCUGAUACGUUUAAAGUGUAAAUAUUAGAUCAAUUAGGAAAGUUAGAUAAACAGUUAGGCGAUGGGCAGAGACUAUUACACUAUUUUGGAAAUAAACCGCAACGCCACUGAUGCUGACAUAAAGAAGGCGUAUCGGCGGCUCGCGCUGAAGCAUCAUCCGCGCAGCAGCAGCCACGCGCGCGCCGCCGAGCGCUUCACAUUGCUCGCGGAGGCGUUUGACGUGCUGAGCGACCCUUGUAAAAAGGCCACUUAUGAUAAGUUUGGAGAGGAGGGUUUAAAAGGAGGAAUCCCAUCUGAGCUGGGAGCGAAUGGCGCCUGGUCAUCAGGAUAUGUCUACCAUGGAAAUGCAGAUGAAACAUUCCGAAAGUUUUUCGGAGGAGAUAAUCCUUUUGCAGAUUUCUUCACUGGUGAAGGCAGUGAGGUCAACACAGCUUUUCAAAGCUUGCGUGGGCAAAAAGAAAAGUUACAGGAUCCACCAAUAGAGAGAGACCUUCAUCUUGCAUUGGAGGACCUUUAUUAUGGAUGCACUAAAAAAAUUAAGAUAUCCCGUAGGGUCAUGAAUGAGGAUGGACACACAUCCAGCAUCAGAGACAAAAUUUUAACCUUCACUGUAAAAGCAGGAUGGAACGAAGGGACACGGAUCACGUUUCCAAAAGAGGGAGACCAGGGACCAAACAACAUCUCAGCAGAUAUUGUGUUCAUCAUACGCCAAAAGCAUCACCCACGCUUUGUCCGCCAAAAUGAUGAUCUGUUCUACACGGCAAAUAUUUCUCUUGAGAAGGCUUUGACUGGGUUAUCAGUAGAAGUUGAGACACUAGAUGGCAGGCUUCUCAACAUCCCAAUUAAUGACAUUGUGCACCCUCAAUACACCAAGGUUGUGACCCAGGAGGGAAUGCCACUAGCCAACAGCCCAUCCAAGAGAGGCGACCUGAUCAUUCGCUUCGUUACACAUUUCCCAGAGAAGCUCUCGGCUGAAAAGAAACAGCUUCUAAAACAAGCCCUUUCAUCAAAACUAAUACAGACUUCUUAA